UUCUACCAGCUCCUUGGGAUAACAUACGAUGCCCCGCUGAGCACAAUAAAAUCAGCGUACCAUAAGGCUCUUCUUACUUCCCAUCCAGACAAACGAUCAUUCUCAUCCACUAUACCACCCGUAGAUGUCGACAUCGCACUCCUCAAAGAAGCAUAUACCACAUUGUCAAAUGCUUCCUCCCGUGUAGCCUAUGAUGAUAUUCUUCGAAAUACUCGAGUAAAGACCUCCACUGGCCCGCGUCCUGCGCAGGUUAUCUCACUGGAAGAUUUUGAGGAAGCAGAGGAGGGUGUAUGGACACAUUCUUGUAGAUGUGGUGGAACAUACAGGAUCAUUGAAGAGGACUUGGAUGCAGGAAGACACCUCGUUGGUUGUGAGAGUUGUUCCGAGGUUGUGUGGGUAGGAUAUGAGCUCGUCAAUGACGAGCAUCACGCUACCAACGGCUAA